CCCCCCCCCACACACACACACACACAACUACCCGCUUCACUUGCACUCCUAUCCGCGAUACACCCUCUUGUCCUGGAAAAAGAGACGAAAGGGAAGACAGCAAGCCAGCCCACGGAAUUACCAUGACCGCCUCCGAUGCCGACCCCGUAAAGAUGGCCCAGGACCUCUCCUCCUCGUUGGAGGAGCUGGCCGGGCUCCUGGCACCGAUGAUGGGGAAGCCGCGCCCCGGCGACGACCGCGCCACCUUCUCCGGGUCGCUGAUCAACCCGGACCAGCUGUCGGUAGCCGACACGCUGUCCAUCAUUGCCAUCAUCAGCCGAUCCACCCACCUGCUUGCCCAGUCUUGCCUCCAGACUGCUGGCCACUCAACCACCGACCACCCUUCCAAUGAGGCUCUGGAGUCCCUCGUUGACUUCACCCAGAAACUUAAGCGUCAUCCUGCCCUGGCGGGGCGCCUGCCGGAGUUCCAGGAUCCCGCCGCUACCGAGGUGGCGGCAAGCAUCAUCUCCAACGAGCUGGAGCUGCCGAAGAAGCGGAAGGGCGCCUCUUCGGAGUCGGCUGACCAGAAGCGUAGCAAGAAGUCGGGUGACUCGGCCGAGUGAUCAGACACAUUAACCGAAAUACACUCAUGUGAUAUAUGCA